AUGUUACGGAACAUCAUUCUUUUUUUCUCCCUCAUCUGCGCGAGCCAUGUGCUUGCAAAACCACACCAAGCAAUAAAACUUGCACGAGAUAGAGUCUCCGCCCGGCCAUCUUACACUAUUCAAGGCCUUCCAAGCAGCAAAGGCACUUGGCUAAAUACCACGAGCUCUGGAUUGACUAGUAUCACUCGAACCGUCACCGUUGUCACCACCGGCAUAGCCGGCGCUACCAUUACCGAGAUCGAGUUUCCUACCACAAUAGACGCCGCUGGAGAUGUGUCGAUUGUUACUAGGACCCUUUCUGGCUCUGGGAAUGGAAAUGGAGUCUACACAACAUCUUCAAGCAACUCGCCACCAGUUGCGAGCCCCUGCAGUUCAUCUACACAUACCAAGCAGCACCAUACCAAGACCAUAUCUGGCACCAACGCCGCAGAGACAAUGACAAUUAGCCCAGGCAGAAAGGAUGUCUUUCUUUAUGUCAUUGAGAAUCAUUCAGAGGAGAUCGAAUACGUUGAAGUUCGGUUCUCAACAUGGUAUAAAUCCGCUGGUGCUGGUCGCCCAUCUAACAUCAGCCCUAGUCAAUAUGGAAGCGGGAGAGGGAAGGAUGGGAGGUCGAGCACACUGGCUACUGUGACGGGAAGCAAGAUGUAG